AUUUCAUUCUUCUCUUCAUCCCAAAACUUCACAUCUCUCUCUCUCUCAUAGUUCAUCAAUGGAGCAAUACUUGAUGUGGCCAAAGCGAAAACAAAGUUUGAGUUCUCACCUUCAACCCAAAACAAGCCCUAGUUUGCAUGGAGAUUCGUGGGAAGAAAAGGCUUUUGCAGAAGAUGCAGCUGGGGUUCUUGGAGGGUGUGUUUGGCCUCCAAGAUCUUAUUCUUGUACCUUUUGUAGAAGGGAGUUCAGGUCAGCUCAAGCCCUUGGUGGUCACAUGAAUGUCCACAGGAGGGAUAGGGCCAGGCUGAAGCUGUCUCCAAACACUACCCAUGAUCUAAUCCACCAAGAUCAUCAAAACCCUAUUCCAAAUCCUAUUCCACCAUGGGAUGCUCAAUACCCUUCUGGGAUUUGCACCAAGGUUUAUAACCCUUACUCUACUUCAGAUUCUGAUAAUGUUUUCUUCCCACCUCCAGCUUCAUCUAUUUCUAGGGUUUCACGUAAUCUGAAACACGAUAUCCGUGAUGAAAAGACCAUCAUGCCCCUUUUGCCUUCUCCUAUUAUCAAAGAACAUGAUCAUAAGAAUCCCUCCAUAUAUGCUCCUCCAUCAUGGUCAAACUUGAUUGGCGAAAAGUAUAUUCGUGUUUCGGAUAAGAAUGAUCAUGAGAAGAACUUGGGUUUUCCCGGCUCGAAUAGAUCUAAGGAGGAGUAUGCCACUGGAGAUUUGUCAAUAAGCUUGAAUUUGGUUGUUCAUCGAGCCUGUCCGAUACCAUCUGCUGGUAAAGAGGGGGAAGAUACUAGUUCAAAGAGGAGGAUACUCGAUUCGGCCACUUUCCCGUUCUUUCCAAAAUCAAAUUCAGGUGAUAGUCAUGAGCAUUUUCAAUCAGAAGUAAUUCAAGGAAGCUCUAGUAGUUCAGAAUUGGAUCUUGAGCUAAGACUUGGGUGAUUUAAUUUGCAAGGGGUGAAGUAGAAAAAAGC